UCUAUACACCUACAUAUUAUACCUGUAUAUAUUUGCUUUUGCUAUUGGUUUGCUCUUGUUCUUGUUGCUUUUGCCAGUAGUGUUCCCGAUAUGCCGCGCGGCAACGCGAACACGUUGCCAUCCGUUCCUAGAUAUAGAACACCAUACACACGAUACUCCACCAGCAGCAACCCCCCUUUAACCAACACCACCCGCCCCAAUUCUAGUAUACUAUACUCUAACACCCCUUCUACUUAUCCUUCUACUCUUCUUCUUCUUCUUCUUCUUCUUCUUCUUCUCUUCGUUCUCUUCCUAUCUACCCCCUUCUGUUCUUCCUUCCUUCUCUACUCUCACUCUUCUAGCUGGGAAAUGGCUUGAACCCAGGUUAUCGAGGGUACCUUAGAUGCCCUGGACGUUACAAUCGAAGAACUUGGGGUUAUUAUACCGUAAACCCUAUAAGGGAAGGCCAUCAGAAUGCUUGCCAAAUUUUUUACAUGCCCGAUAUUCCUACGGGGAUACCUCCUCCACCUCCUCCUCCUCCUACCCGCGACAGACGGUUAACGCGCUUAAUUGUGGGUGUGGUUUUCUUUUUCGAACAGAAAACCUUUACUUUUUAUCUUUUUUCUUGCCUUUUUUGUUUUCACUUUAUUGGUCCCUUCGUUUUAUUCUUCCCUAGUCUGUUAUGUGUAUGUGUCUAUGGGGGUGUGUGGGUGUUGUGUUCAUUCCGAGCUUAAUUCGACCAUGCUCUGUCAUUCAUUUCUUUCUUUAUCUUUUUUUUUCUGGAUAAACGGGAGUAUUAAAAAAAAAAGGACAAUGAAGAUGAUGAUACCUGAAGUAUCAAUGCGAUCAGCAACCUUUCAAGAUCGUUCAGUCAUUGAAAUAUCAAAGGACUCGCCAACAACGUUACGCUCUCCAACCUGGUUAAUUAAUUUUCGUAGAGGUAAUAGUUUUGAGUGUGCAACAUUUCUAACAAGUCUUCUACUAGGACAAGGAUACAAUGCAUUUGUUGUAUUUGGCUAUGCAUCUCGGGAACAAGUUCAAUGCGACAGAACUAGAAUUACCUGUCCAUAUUUACCAAAGGCGGAACCAAAAAUAAUAGAAGAAGAACAUGCUAUUAAUUUAACGUAUAAGCUCAAACCUCCUGCAGACUUCAGAAGUAAAUUUUUAUUAAAAAUGGAUGCUAGAGAAAAACUAAAAUUUGAAACUGCAAUUCAAGAAGAAGAAGAGAAGCAAGCUAAAAUUAUAAUGGAAUUAGAGAAACCACGACCAGAUAAAUAUCAUGGACACAGAGUUCACGCUUGGGUUGUUGUGCUACCUGCCAUUAAUGAUACAAAAGGAAAACAAAUUAAAAAUCCAUUCUUUAUCGAAUCCUCAUCAGGAGAAAUGUAUGACCUAAAUGAUCCUCAAACUAAUCUUUUGUACCUUGGUGUGGAAAGUAUUUGGAAUGAUGAAAAUUAUUGGAUCAACAUACAAGAAGAUUCAAUUGGUUGUGACAAAAUAAAUUGGGAUUUAACUUCCACCAAAUUAUGGGAACAUCUACUUCCUGGCGAACCAUGGACCAUGCGUGGCAUAGAAGACGAUUUAAUCGAAGAAGAUAUUAAAAUAGAACAAGAGAAACAUUUAGAUAUGCCUGCUUCUUAUGUUAAUGAAAUAUUCAUAAAUAGUUUAGAUUAUGAAAGACGAUAUCCGCAAGCUCACAAAACUAAAUUUUAUAAAAAGGUAAAAGUUGAUUUGUAUUCACCCUACGUUCAAUUGGACGGAUUGAUAGAAAAAAUAACAAUAUACGAUGAUUACGAAUACACAGUUCCUAUUGAAAUUUAUGAAAAGUAUACUAACAGGAAUGAUCAAUUAGUACAAUCACAACGAAACUUAAAUACCAAUUAUGUUACUGAUUUUUAUAAAAGAGGUCGAGUCGAUGCAUGCAAAGAACAUUGCUUUUAUAUGAAUGAUGAUAACUCAUCAAUGUAUAAUGAAAGAAUUUUACAUUUCUAUGAUGUAAUUCGAUUAGAUGGAUUAUCAGAAAUUUAUGUACAUCCUUUACGUUUAACACAAUAUUAUUCCAAUCGUGAAGAUUUCUUGUAUUAUAGGGAUGUGGAAUUCUCACCCGAUAAAGGUGAUCCUGUAGUAGAUGGAAUACAUUAUCGUCACAUUCAAAGAAUAACUGAAAAAUAUCGAAGAAACGAACUACUACCAGCAUCCAGAGAUAUCUCUAUAAGAGAAUUCAUUUUGACAGAGAAAGAAAUACAUUUGAAGUUUCAUUAUGAAGAUGACAGAAUUACAAGAGGUAUGCGUGUUUAUAAAAAACCAGAACCAGGAGAAAAUCUAAACGUUCAUACUGCUGUUAUUCAAGAAUACAACCCGGAUGCUAUGUCAGUACCUGAACAAAAUUUGUAUCUAUUCAGAGAAUUGGAAAAAUUAUUAAAAGAAGAAGAUCAAUGCGUGUCUAAUGUCAGAAAUGCAGAAACUGAAAUUUCAUCGUUUAUAAAAACACGAACAAAUGAAUAUUUGAAUCCACAAUUAAUUAUUUCUUCGUUUGAUAGAAAUCGAAUCGAGGAAACAGGAAAAUCUAUAAAGGAUUCAAUAUCGAUAUCUCAUAGUUUACGAGAUAUUACAAAACCUGCUGAUCACUUGGCUUCAUACUUGGCACGAAUAGGAAAUCCAAAGCAUAUAAGCAAAGCUCAAGCGUAUUUAUUACGAGAGGAUUGUUUGAGCGAUUUUAAAGACUCGCAAGUGAAUAAAGCUAAUGUCAUUUUACGUAAAUCCGAGGAGCUUACAGAGGAGUUGAAUAAAUUGCAAGCAUUAUUAACGCAGAACGAAGAUUUAACGCGGGAGGAAGAGGAUGAACUUUUAGCGAAAACCAACGAAAUCAAUUUUAAUCUCCACUUGUUGGAAAUGAAGUUGGAUCGUCAUAAGAAUUUAGUUCCUUUACGAUACAAAAUGCUGGUUGAAUUUUUACAACAAGACGAGCGCCUUUCCAUUCUCAACAAGUAAUAAUAAUGUUAAG